CUCAAAUUCGAAUUUUGAACCUGCCCCAAAAAAAUAAAAUGUAGAUGCAUCUGCAUUGAAGAAAAUCCAUUUCUUCCGCCAUUCUACAAGAAGAAGAAGGAAGAUCGACAUAGGCUCUCUUCGAUCAAUCCAAGGCGGAGAUCAUGCCAGAAGUGAGAGAUCGGUGGGCGGGCCCCGUGGGAACAGGAGAUUUAGCGGUGGGUUUUGGGAUCCGACGGGGCGUCGUCUUGCGAUCAAGGAACGUCCGUGGCCAGAAUCAGCACCGAUCUCUGUCAGAUGACAAGGAGAACAUCCCACCGGAGAGUUCAAGAUCGGCCCGCCGGCGGACCCGCCCAAGGAAAAGUCCGUUGCCGUCUUGGUACCCACGCACGCCCCUCCGCGACAUCACGGCCGUCGUCAAUGCAUUGGAAAGGAGAAGGACUCGCCUCAGAGCAGCUGCGGAGCUUCGCCGGAGAAACCAAGAAAGCCCAAAUUACUCUCCGGUGCCUUUCGUCAGUACCCCUUCAAGACAGGAACGGAGCAUUUCUGAACAGAUGCCACUACCCAUUCAAGAUCAAGACCUUCUGAUCAACAUCUCUGAUUUCCCUACAAGCCCUUCCACAAUCAUAAAAAGUUCCUCGCAGCCAGUCGAAAAUCCACCUGAAAUCUCCCCUUCCAUCAAGAGCUUGGUUGUCCAUAACACGGAAGUGACUGAUGUUGAGAAGAAAUGUAUGGAUUUGAUCGAGGAAUUCGAAAAGGUCGUGAGGGAGAACUUGCAGAGGAUUUUAAAGACGCCCACAAAGAAGAAGCCAGAGAGGAGUACGUUGAUGUCAAUGCGAUGAUUGAAACAAUUCGUUUCAGAAAGAAAAUAAGACGAUUGUUGGAACAAGGACAAGGGGUUGAUGGAUGAGAUUCAUCUUCUGAUGAUAUAUUUUUCUUUUAACUGAAGUUGCUGAUAAGGACAGAUAUUUUUUGUCGGAGACAUUGCUGAUGUUUUCUUUUCAAUUUCUUUCGAUUUGGGGUAGGAUUAGGUUUGUGGGUAACCUUGUACAUAUAGGCCAUUCCUGGGUUGUUACUUGAGAAGGACCUCCAUUUUUGUAAACACUUCUGCCCUAUUGCAAUGAGGAAGCCACAAUUUUCAUCUUUCUUAAGUA